CGCGGUGAACGGAUACGGACACCGAGGGGAAAACAGUGAAUUCGGCAACUAUGGCGGCCACCACAGAGAACGCAGAUCUGAAACGAAAACUAGACGAUAAUCAGGAUGAAGUAGAAACUGGAGAAGAGGAGGAAUGGGUUGGACCCAUGCCAAGCGAGGCGACACAGACCAAGAAGAGAAAAGUGCUGGAGUAUGAACGUGUGUAUUUGGACAACUUGCCAUCGGCAGCCAUGUACGAGAGGAGCUACAUGCAUAGGGAUGUUAUAACGCACAUUGUCUGUUCCAAGACAGAUUUCAUCAUCACAGCCAGUCAGGACGGUCAUGUGAAGUUCUGGAAAAAGAAAGAAGAUGAGGGGGUAGAGUUUGUCAAACACUUCCGCAGUCAUCUGGGAGUUAUAGAGUGUAUUUCUGUCAGUGCUGAUGGAGCUCUAUUCUGUUCUGUUGGGGACGACCAGGCCAUGAAAGUCUUUGAUGUGGUCAACUUUGACAUGAUCAACAUGCUGAAGCUGGGUUUCCACCCUGGCCAGUGUGAGUGGAUCUACAACCCAGGCGAUGCCAUCUGCUGCGUGGCCUGCUCAGAGAAAUCCACUGGGAAGAUCUUCGUCUAUGAUGGACGGGGAAGCAACGAGAAGCUCCACACCUUCGACAAGAUGCACUCCUCUCCGCUGUCCCAGAUCCGCCUCAACCCUAGAUACAGGGUUAUCGUCUCCGCAGACAAGGCUGGAAUGCUGGAGUAUUGGACCGGCCUCCCCAGCGAGUUCAAAUUCCCCAGGCACGUGGACUGGCAGUAUAAGACUGACACAGACCUUUAUGAGUUUGCCAAAAACAAAACCUACCCCACCAGCCUAGCCUUCUCCCACGACGGGAAGAAGAUGGCUACCAUCGCCACCGACAGGAAAGUCAGGAUCUUCCGCUUCCUGACGGGGAAACUGAUGAGGGUGUUUGAUGAGUCGUUAUCGAAGUUCACAGAGCUGCAGCAAAUGAAGCAACAGCUGCCAGACAUGGAGUUUGGUCGGAGGAUGGCGGUGGAGAGGGAACUGGAGAAAGUGGAUGGCAUCAGGCUGACCAACAUCAUCUUUGAUGAGACGGGUCACUUUGUCCUCUACGGAACCAUGCUGGGCAUCAAGGUCAUCAAUGUGGAGACCAACAGGUGUGUACGUAUCCUGGGGAAGCUAGAGAACAUUCGUGUGGUGAAGCUGAGCCUGUUCCAGGGGGUUGCCAAGGCAUGCAACACAGCUCCCACCAUCGAGAUGAAGGCAUCAGACAACCCGGCCCUGCAGAGCACAAUGCCAGACCCCACCAUUUUCUGUACUGCUUUCAAGAAGAACCGCUUCUACAUGUUCUCCAAGAGGGAGCCGGAGGACACUAAAAGUGCCGAGUCAGACAGAGACGUGUUCAACGAGAAGCCGUCUAAGGAGGAGGUGAUGGCUGCUACCCAGGCAGAGGGGCCCAAAAGGGUGUCAGACAGCGCUAUCAUCCACACCACCAUGGGAGACAUCCACAUAAAACUGUUCCCUGUCGAGUGUCCCAAAACAGUGGAGAACUUCUGUGUUCACAGCAGGAAUGGUUAUUUCAAUGGCCACAUAUUCCACCGCGUCAUCAAGGGCUUCAUGAUCCAGACAGGGGACCCUACAGGGACAGGCAUGGGAGGGGAGAGUAUCUGGGGAGGGGAGUUUGAGGAUGAGUUCCAUGCCACACUGAGACAUGACCGGCCCUACACACUCAGUAUGGCCAACGGAGGCCCCGGCACCAACGGAUCACAGUUCUUCAUCACCGUCGUGCCCACGCCCUGGCUAGACAACAAGCACACCGUGUUUGGAAGGAGUGCCAAAGGAAUGGAGGUGGUUCAGAGGAUCUCCAACCUCAAAGUCAACCCUAAAACAGAUAAACCUUACGAAGACAUAAGCAUCAUUAACAUCACCAUCAAGUAAUCGUGUUUCCAUCUCACCAGUAUGUUGUGUACUAUUACGUUCCAUUUUUAAAGUAAAGUGUUGGAUUAUUCAAGUGCAUCUUGCCGCCUGUUGCAUUUUUUUUCUCUCUUGGAUGUGAGAAAUUAAGAAUUUGUUGGUUGCUUAGUAACAUGUUUGUCAACAGAGCUGUACUUUGAAUAAACCAGUGUCUUAACAUUCAUUACAGAACA